GACCAUUCAACAGCACCUUCGACGACAUCAGUUGGCACAGGGCCUCUCCUUAUUGCCCGCCAUGACCGAAUCAACAGCACUGCAAGUCUUCCGGACGCUCAGAUCGCCAUUUUGCGCAACAUGUCGCUCCUCACCCCGGACGCCCGUCCUCUCAUCGAUGCGUCCCUUCUCGCAGUCUACCCCCAUCCUCGCAAAGACUCCCCGCGCGAAAGGCUCCGUGACGAGCAUGCUCGACAGCAUCGGAAACUCCUUAAAUAAGCCGUCGCAAUACCAAUCCAUCAUACCAAGAGGAGGAGAAUUGGACGGGGAUUUCUUCAGAACGCUGGCCAAGCAGGAGUGGGAGGAGCCAGAGCGACAUCAUCUUCACAUCUACGCGCACAAACACAACACGCACAUCACCCUCACAAAGCCCAACAGAGAUCCUCUGAUAUCGGUAUCUUGCGGGAAUAUUGGGUUCCGGAAGGCUGGACGCGGAACGUACGACGCUGCAUAUCAACUCGCGGCCUUUGUGAUGAACAGAAUAAGGGAUCUGGGUCUCUUGCCCCAAAUCAAACAGCUGGAGCUUGUCUAUCGUGGAUUUGGGCCUGGAAGGGAGGCCGUCACAAAGGCGAUAUUGGGUAGUGAGGGCUCCAAGAUCCGUCCUUUGGUCACCAAGCUCGCGGAUUCAACCAGACUGAAGUUCGGUGGUACGAGGAGCAAAAAGCCGAGAAGAUUGGGUUAAGGUAUACCCUGCGGUGGCGUGUAUGAUAGAGGCAGGCAAUGGGGGAUUUCUUCAUGUUGCAGUUCGGAUUUUUGUAACAUACCAAGGCAAUUAUAGCAGAGGUCACAAAGUACGAUUCC